UUUUUAGUUAUUUUUUAAUCGUUGGUUUUUAAGAUAUGUCGUCGGAGAUCGAGGUGGUGGAAGAGGUUCAGCCAUUUAAACAAUCGGGUGCCGUCGUGACGAAUGAAAUUGUAUAUGGGCAAGCGUAUAAUGGGGUUGUUGGUAAUCAUAAUUAUUACGAGAGCUUGAGGUCCGAUAUAUAUAGCGCUGCUGCUUAUGGGGAUUUGGAGAAGCUUCAGAGGCUGGUUGAGCACGAGGGUUGCUCUGUUUCAGUGCCUGAUGCCCUUGGUUACUAUGCUCUCCAGUGGGCCACUUUGAAUAAUAGAACCGCCGUUGCCCACUAUAUCAUCGAGCAUGGUGGAGAUGUUAAUGCCAAAGAUUACAGCGGGCAGACGGCCUUGCAUUGGAGUGCAGUACGAGGUGCAACACAAGUUGCUGAGAUUUUACUCCGAGAGGGUGCUCGGGUGGAUGCUGCAGACAUCUAUGGCUAUCGGAUAACACAUGUUGCUACACAAUAUGGCCAAACUGCUUUUCUCUAUUACGUUGUUUCGAAAUGGAAUGCUGGCCCUGAUUUUCCUGAUAAUGAGGGAAGGAGCCCUUUGCACUGGGCUGCUUAUAAAGGUUUUGUUGACUGCUUACGUCUUCUUUUAUUUCUCGAUGCACAUAGAGGACGUCAAGACAAAGAGUGUUGCACUCCUCUUCAUUGGGCAGCUAUUAAGGGUAACCUAGAAGGUUGCCUUAAACCUGCACAGCUUGCUUCUGAAAAGAAUCACAGAAAAGUUGCAUUUUUACUUGGAAAUGCUAGAAGGUUACACGAAAAUCGCCAUGAUGGGGACCUAUAUUCAACCUGUCAUAAUGGGUGUGUCUCUCGAUCUCUUCAGGACUAUGUUGCUCCAACUCUUCUUCUUUAUGUACCCUUUCUGACAUAUAUUCAGACAUGGUUAUGGGUAUUUGACCCUCCAAAUAAAUGGAAAAUGAAAAUGAUCAUUCUAGUGGGGAGGGGUAUGGGGUCGUUUACUUUGCCAUGGGUAGUUGUCGCAGGAGUCAACAUGUUGACUUGUAUUCCAAGAUUUACAAGGCCAGUACCAACGGAUCAAAAAGAUAAUAUGGGAAAAAUCAUAAGUGAGGUGCAUUUUUGUCAUUACUUUUUUUUUCUAUGCAGCAAGGAUCCCGAUUUCAUCAAGAGGAAUGUCCAUGACAAUCAAGACAUGAAAGAUGAUGAACCUUUACUGAAGAUUGAGGUAAAUAAUCCAGCUUUGCUAGCUGGAAAUUGGUCUCAGCUUUGUGCAACAUGCAAGAUUGUCAGGCCUCUUCGUGCCAAAAACUGCUCCAUUUGUGAUCGUUGUGUUGAACAAUUUGACCAUCAUUGCCCUUGGGUAGCAAAUUGUGUUGGCAAGAAAAACAAAUGGGAAUUUUUUGUUUUCAUUGUUUUUGAAGUUUCAGCGAUGUCGAUUACUGGUGUAGUUGCUAUGACAAGAAUCUUGACGGAUCCAAUGGCUUCAUCCGCCUUUUCACCAUUGCUGAACCAUGCUCGUACUCGUCGUAUUGGUGCAUUAUCAUUUUUUAUUGCGGAUAUUCUCCUCUUAUUUAUGGUGAUCUCUAACUGUCUGUUUCAAUUGCUACAGAUAUCUCGGAAUAUAACAACGAGCGAAAUGGCAUAUAUCAUGCGCUAUAGUUACCUCAGGGGUGCUGAUGGUCAGUUUAGAAAUCCCUAUGAUCAUGGAUGUCGGAAAAACUGCUCCGAUUUCCUGAUCAACAGCUACCAUGAAGACGUGCCAAUUACUGAAGAUUCAGUAGAUUCCAAAGGAACUGGGUUGGUACAAAUGUCAAUGGAACCAAACUUGCAAAAUGCUGAUUCGCAUGCUCUGGCGAACGGAAACGCCCAUGUAGCUAUACAUGUUAAUUCUAGCAACACCAAUGCACAUCAUGGCCAUGUUCAUUCUUCGCACUGCAGCCAUUAACAAUAGCAAAGCGGAAAGCUGAGAACGAGCCUUUGGUAUCAGAUCUUGGUUGUGGAUAGAGUAGCAUUCAUACUGUCGCAACUUUGCGAUAUUCACAUCCAGAUAAGUUCAAACUGAUGUGCAUCGGAUUAAAAGCUUACAUACAUCCGGUUUGAGAUUUUUUUGAUCUAUCAGUCACUCAUCCUUUCUGUUUUCAGUUUAUGGGUGCUGCAUUUUUCCGACUUUUCGCAUU